CUCCCGGAUCUGUGUCACUGGCUAAAAAAAAAUAAACAGUUGAAGUCCUCUUUAUGAAACCGAUCCUCGGUCAAGUGUAACUUUUGAUGUAUGGUCUCUAAAGCCCCCCACUAUGCCAGCAGCUACCGUAGACCAUAGCCAAAGAAUCUGUGAAGUUUGGGCUUGUAACUUGGAUGAAGAGAUGAAGAAAAUUCGUCAAGUUAUACGGAAGUAUAACUACGUAGCUAUGGACACAGAAUUUCCAGGAGUAGUUGCAAGGCCUAUUGGAGAAUUCAGAAGCAACGCAGACUAUCAGUACCAACUCUUACGCUGCAAUGUUGACUUGCUAAAAAUAAUUCAACUAGGACUGACGUUUAUGAAUGAGCAAGGAGAAUACCCUCCAGGAACUUCAACUUGGCAAUUUAAUUUUAAAUUUAACUUAACAGAAGAUAUGUAUGCUCAGGACUCUAUUGAACUGUUGACGACAUCUGGAAUCCAGUUUAAAAAGCAUGAAGAAGAAGGAAUUGAGACACAGUACUUUGCAGAACUGCUCAUGACAUCAGGAGUUGUAUUGUGUGAAGGAGUCAAGUGGCUUUCCUUUCAUAGUGGAUAUGACUUUGGCUAUCUAAUCAAGAUCCUGACAAACUCCAAUUUACCUGAGGAAGAGCUGGACUUCUUUGAGAUACUGCGAUUGUUUUUCCCUGUCAUCUAUGAUGUAAAAUAUCUCAUGAAGAGUUGCAAAAAUCUGAAGGGUGGAUUACAAGAAGUGGCUGAGCAGUUAGAACUGGAAAGGAUAGGACCACAGCAUCAGGCAGGAUCCGAUUCUUUACUCACAGGAAUGGCCUUUUUCAAAAUGAGAGAAGUAGGUGGACAUAUUGUUUUUAUUUCCAUGAUAGUCAUGUGCUCUGAUAGUUACAUGGAAUUGCUGAUUCUGAUAAGUCUGUGGUAUUUUAAGGAGGUCUCUGAAGGGCUUCAGGAGUCAAUCCUUUCUUGACAAAAAUGAGACCAC